AUGGUCGUCGGAACAGUACUGGUGACCGGUGGUACCGGCUACAUUGGCUCCUUCACGGCGCUCACGCUGCUCCAGAACGACUACGAUGUCGUGAUUGUCGACAACCUCUACAACUCGUCCGAGGUGGCGCUGGACCGCAUCGAGCUCAUCUGUGGUCGCCGCCCCGUCUUCCACAAGGUCGACGUGACCGACGAGUCCGCUCUGGACGCUGUCUUUGCGGCGCAUCCGGCCAUCGACAGCGUGAUCCACUUUGCCGCGCUCAAGGCCGUCGGCGAGUCGGGCGAGAUUCCCCUCGAAUACUACCGUGUCAACGUGGCCGGCAGCAUCACGCUGAUGCGCAUCAUGGCCAAGCACAACGUGCCCAACAUUGUCUUCUCGUCUUCCGCCACCGUCUACGGCGACGCCACCCGCUUCCCCAACAUGAUUCCCAUCCCCGAGACCUGUCCGACCGGUCCGACGAACACGUAUGGCCGCACCAAGCUGAUGAUUGAGAGCGUCAUCACCGACUUCAUCAACGCCCAGCGCAACAACCUGAAGAAGGCCGGCAAGCCGUUUGACGCCUGGAACGGUGCCCUGUUGCGCUAUUUCAACCCUGGCGGCGCCCACCCCUCCGGCCUCAUGGGCGAGGAUCCUCAGGGCGUGCCCUACAAUCUGCUACCGCUGCUCGGUAAGGUCGCCACGGGCGACCGCGAGAAGCUGCUCGUCUUUGGUGACGACUACGCAUCGCGUGACGGAACGGCCAUCCGCGACUACAUUCACGUGCUCGAUCUCGCCCGCGGCCAUCUGUCCGCGCUCAAGUACCUGCGCGAAAAGAAGCCUGGUCUGCGGGCCUGGAACCUCGGUUCUGGCCGCGGCAGCACCGUCUUCGAGAUCAUCAAGGCCUUCAACAGCGCCGUCGGCCGCGAAAUGCCCUACACUGUGGUGGCCCGCCGCCAGGGCGACGUGUUGGACCUGACUGCCGACGCCUCACUGGCCAACAGGGAGCUCGACUGGAAGACCGAGCUCACGAUGGAGGACGCCUGCAACGACCUGUGGCGGUGGGUCAAGAACAACCCCAAGGGCUACCGCCAGGACCCGCCCGCCGAGCUGCUGCAGGCGUUGAAGAAGAGCAACUAG